AUGCGCGCAAAAAUUAUCAUCUUUUUUCAAUUUAUAUCCAUUUUUGUAAAAAUUUUAUUGAUUUUAUUUUUAUCCCAAUUUCCCUUUUACAAUUGUGAAUUUAAUCCCGAUUUUAGAGCUUUUGUUCAUAACAGAUAUGGACUACCAAUAGUAAAUCAACUAGAAAGAAGAGAUUUGGGUAAUGAUGCAAGUACAGGUGGAGGCCCCGUAGGAAAUGAGGAGGCUGUUGUUAUUGUUCAUGGAAUUACAAAUAAAAUUACACGAUUUAAUGGAAUAAUCGAAAAACUUCGUUCUCAAGGUUUUCAAGUUUUUGGGACUACUUGGGGUGAUGGAGGGACUACGCCCGUUGGUUUGGUAGAACUUAGAUGUGCUUAUGUUAAACAAAUAAGAAGCAUGUUAAUCGCCGUACGUGAAUAUACAAACAAAAAAGUGGAUGUUAUAGCAUACUCGAUGGGAUCGCCGAUAGCCAGAAAAGCAAUCCUUGGCGGAACUUGUGUUGACACACGCGAAUUAUUAGGCCCUCCACUCACUGAACAUGUUGAUACAUUUUUAAGCGUUGCUGGAACAAAUAAUGGAGCAUUGCCUUGCCUUGUACCAAUUCCUGUUGGAACAUGUAAUAAAAAGAAUGGUCUACAUUGUGAAUCUGAAUUUCUAUCUGAUAUAAAUAAAUUAAAAGGUUAUGAAGGAACAAAUAUUUUUAGUAUAUUUUCUACAUCUGAUGAAAAGAUUGGUCUCAAAAUGUGUUCCCGUCUAGUUUCACCAAUUAUUGGAGAAACUGGUUUUGUACGUAAAGAAGGAUUAACACAUGAUCAAGUUAUGGACAAUACAAUAGAUACACAAAUAAAUUUUAUUUUUAAACAUAGACCAAGAUAG